AUGGAUAGCAAAGAGGUAUCCACACUCGUUAAGAACUUGGAAAAGAGCAAGACAAACGAUGGGACUGUGAUAGAGAUUUUGACGACCUUGGAGCGGGAUUUGAAGCCCACAGAGAAGCUGUUACGGGAAACGAAGGUUGGUGUGGUUGUCAAUCAGUUCAAGAAGUCUGGAAAUGCUCAGAUUUCCGGGCUGGUCAAGAAAAUGAUAGGCCAGUGGCGAGAUGCCAUCUCACAGGAAAAGAAGCAGAAAACCCUGGCGAAAAGCUCAAGUUCUCACGCCGCAACAACAGGUUCUUCUUCCAAUACAGGCUCAAAAAGCUCGUUUGCGUCUGAGGCCAAGAAACACGACAAAUAUGUGUCGACCAAACCUAGAAACGCCAAAAAUGAUGGUGUGAUAACUACUGUCUACAACCACAAAUUACGGGACAUGGUCAUUCGGGCCUUUUACGACGCUUUGGCAAAGGACAGCGAACAUCCUCCACAAUCAAUCCUCACAACGGCAAUUGCGGUCGAAAAGCAGCUCAACCAGCUCAACAACUGCGAAAACAACGAAAAGGCCUACAAAGACAAAUACCGGGUGGUUUACUCAAACGUCAUUUCAAAAAAUAAUCCCGAUCUCAAACAUAAAAUAACAGCCGGUGACGUUACACCCGGCCAUUUGGUGUCUUGCGAUCCACGAGAGCUUGCACCAGAGCAUCUAAAGAAGAAACUAGAAGAAAUCUCGAAACAGAAUCUGUUUAAUGCCCAAGGUGCCACACUUGAGAGAUCCGUAACCGACAGGUUCACCUGCGGUAAGUGCAAAGAAAAAAAAGUGUCGUACUACCAGCUGCAGACCAGAUCCGCAGAUGAGCCGCUCACAACCUUCUGUACAUGCGAGGUUUGCGGUAAUAGAUGGAAAUUCUCGUAA